UUUUUCACUUCAAACGAUAAAGUAAAACUUCUUCAGGACUUAUAUAGGAUGUAUAGCUCAGUGCCCGCAACAAAAAGAAGCCAAGGCUAGUAAUGACUACGGAGCUUGGUUGAAAGAGAAUAAGGAAAAUAAUCGACAUCAUGAAGCUACUGCUAUUUCUUCUCUUUGCAACAUUCAGUACUGCAUUUGAAUGUGAUCCUCAUGCAAAGAUCUGUGAAACAUCCCUCAACAUACAUUAUAAAAUAGCAAUGAUGUCAGCAGAUGGUCCUGUCUAUCCGUAUAACGGCAAUCUGUUCCUUUAUAAUGUCACCGACACAUCAAACGCCUCUCCGGUCAACAUGAAUGAAAUAAUUACAGCAGAUGGAUGGGAAGGCUCGUCUGGUAGACUGGUAGUUGCCGCAAACGGAAGCCUCCCUGGUCCCCCAAUAAUAGUAUAUGAGGGACAAACAGUCAUUAUCAAUGUACAUAACAAUCAGUUGUCUGAAGCGGUGUCGAUUCAUUGGCACGGUGUAGACAUGAAAGAUACUCCGUGGAUGGAUGGUCCACCUUAUAUUACACAAUGCCCAAUAACACCGGGACAAACCUUUAAAUAUAAAUUCACAGCUAAUCCACCAGGAACAUUCUGGUACCACUCACACAUGGGAAACCAAAGAUUGAAUGGUUUAUUUGGUGCAUUUAUAAUAAGGCCAAAAAUAUCAAAUAAAAAUCAGCUUGAAGAACAUAUAAUGCAAGUUAUCUUUGUUUCUUAA